GCGCACACUCAUAUUCCCGGACUGUCUACACAAACACCCUCGCGACAUUCCUCUUUAGUCAUUCACCAUGGCUUCCAGAGACGCCAAUGAUUCUCUGGCCACAACGUAUGUGCUUCUCCGUUCUGAGCAAAUCCCGUCUGAGUGACAGCUUCCCCGCGAGACUGUAUGCCGGCGAUCAUGCUCGCGGUCAGUUUGUGGCAGCCAGCUCUUGGAUCCGACUGAUGCGAUCGAUUUGUUCCGGCAAGUGGCAAGGCUGACUGGUAUUGUUCAUACAUAUAGGUGGGCGAUUGUUGAGGUCGGAAUUGAUAAAGUCCUGGCGAAGGACCUCGAAGAGGGGUUGACAUCUGCAUUGUACAUGAAAAUAUACACUGCUAUCUAUCAGUUCUGUACCGCCACCCGACCGACUCAGCAAAUCGGAACCCCACAAGCUGCCCGCGGUGCUCAACUUUUGGGUGCUGACUUGUACAACAACCUCGUUGAGUAUCUAAAGAGACAUCUCAGCAAGAUCAGAGCGGAGGCUUCUGAGUAUGCCGACGAGUAUCUCAUCAAAUACUACAUCCGCACAUGGAACCGCUACACAACCGGAGCGCGCUACCUCAACCAUAUAUUCGAAUAUCUCAACCGUCACUGGGUCAAACGAGAGCGUGAUGAGGGUCGACGAAACAUCUACGAUGUUAAUACUCUUUGCUUGGUCAAAUGGAGGACUGAGUUCUUUGACUCGAUACAGGGCGAUCUGAUGGACGCGGUCAAGAAGUUGAUUGAGAACCAGCGCAACGGAGAAACUAUCGAGAACGCCGAUAUCAAGAGCGUAGUUGGAUCGUUUGUAUCUCUCGGACUUGACGAACACGACGCCAAGAAGGUCAGUCUUGCGGUUUACAAGACUUACUUCGAGGCCCCGUUUAUUGCAGCUACGGAGGCUUACUACAAAGACGAGUCGUCGCGAUUCCUUGCCGAGAACAGCGUUGUCGAGUAUAUGAAGAAAGCCGAGAGCCGACUCCAAGAAGAGGCAGGCCGCGUUCAGCUCUAUCUACACCAGAGCACAGAAAAGACUCUUAUGCGGACUUGCGAGGCUGUUCUUAUCUCUGACCAUGCUCAUUUGCUGCGCGACGAAUUUUUGAAAUUGCUGGAGGUUGACAGACAAGAUGACUUGAAGCGGAUGUUCUCGCUACUUUCCCACAUCAACGAUGGUCUCGUUCCUUUGCGCACAAAGUUCGAGACGUAUGUCCGCAAGCAGGGUCUUGAUGCCAUUGAGAAGCUUGCGAGCUUGGAAGGAGAUAACCUGGAACCCAAGUCUUACGUCACCACUCUUCUCGAUGUCUACCGGCAGUACAGCCACCUUGUCAAAUAUGCGUUUAACAACGACGCUGAUUUCGUCAAGUCAUUGGAUAACGCGUGCCGCGAAUUUAUCAACCGUAAUAAAGUCUGCGCGACAUCGUCCUCAAAGUCUCCAGAGCUGUUGGCCAAGUACAGCGACUCAUUACUCAAGAAGAGCGGAAAGGCUGCUGAGGAUAGUGAUAUCGAAACAAAACUGAGCGAUAUCAUGACUGUGUUCAAAUACGUCGACGACAAGGAUGUCUUCAACAAAUUUUACACUCGUAUGCUCUCUCGACGACUGGUUCAUGGUACUUCGGCCUCCGAGGAUGCGGAAGCGACCAUGCUCUCGAAGCUACAGGAGGUUUGCGGUACCGAUUACGUCAUGAAGCUUCAGAGCAUGUUUUCAGAUAUGCGAACCUCGAGCGAUCUCCAGAACGAGUUUAAAGAAGUUCUGGCGAACGCUGGAGACAACGAGAAUCCGAUUGACUUUUCGAUUUUGGUGCUUAGUUCGGGUCACUGGCCUCUGAGCGCGGUUGAUACUCCGUUCAACGUCCCCGACGAGCUGAUCAAGCCGUACGAGCGAUUCCAGCCGUUCUACGAUCAGAAGCACCAGUCCCGCAAGCUUAACUGGCUUUGGAAUUUAUCAAAGGGUGAGCUCAAGGUGAAUUACGUCAAAGGUCCUUCUAGAGUCGGAUACACGUUCCAAGUCUCGACGUUUCAGAUGGCGAUCCUGUUGCCCUAUAACAAGGGCGAUUCGUAUUCUUUCGAGCAACUGAGCCAGAUCACGGGCUUGACUAGAGAAUAUUUGAUAAACUCGCUCGUCCCUCUGGUCAAGGCUCGCGUUUUGACCCUCGGCGGUGGCGAGAUCGGUGACGCGGGAAGCAAGUACACACUCAACAUGGACUUCAAGAACAAGAAGGUCCGCGUGAAUCUCAACAUCCCCGUCAAGGCCGAGCACAAGCAGGAGACGGAGGCGACGCACAAGAACAUUGAGGAAGACCGAAAGAUGCUGACACAGAGUGCGAUUGUGCGAAUCAUGAAGGCGCGCAAGCAGCUGAAGCACGUUGUUUUGGUGCAGGAGACAAUCGCACAGGUCAAGUCUCGGUUCACGCCCAAGAUCCCGGAUAUUAAGAAGUGUAUCGACUUUUUGAUUGAUAAAGAGUAUCUCGAGCGCAUCGAUGGUGAUAAGUAUCAGUAUCUUGCCUAAAAAGCUGUGCGUGUUUAGAUGGUUCUCUCUUUUGUUUUCCUUUGUUCGCGUGUUGCGGAAAAGAGGGCAUUUUUCAUUGGGAAUAAAUUUAUGUCCUAUUUUUCGUUUCGCAAGUUGCUGGAAUGGUGUUUACAAAUAAUAUAAAUUCAGCUCUUACUACUGCUCUUGACACUCUGUCACUUCGACCGCGUCCAUUAGUUGUCGAGAAUUACUAUUGU